GUUGUAUAUUCAUGUAUGUUCUUGUUUUCAACGAAAAAGUGUUUUUGAAAGGUUAUGCGGUUUUAAGAUUUAAACAGGCUCAUAUUUUAGUAUUAAAUAUUAUAAGAGUCUUCGUAAUACUCAAGCUAUCAGAGUGCUGCUGCCAGAGGCGUGACAUUAUGAUAGUUAGGGUGCUACAUAAUGCUGUUGUUGAAAUCCAAAUUUAUAAUUUGGGAUGAGGCUCCAAUGGUUAGUAGGUACUGCUAUGAAACGCUUGAUAAAUGCUUGAGUGAUAUCAUGAGGUUUUAUCCAACAUAUAACAAAGAUUUGCCCUUUCGAGGAAAAGUGGUUUUACUAGGUGCUCAAACUAACAAAAACAUGAGACUCUCUGUAGGAACAAGUACUCCAGAUCAAGAUGAGACAGAGCAAUUUGGUGAGUGCUUAUUGAAAGUUGGUGAUGGUCUAAUAGGUAACAAUAUAGAUAGUGAAUUUGAGAUAUGUCUUUCAAAAGAUAUUGUUAUUCCUUCUUCGGACCAGGCAUUUGAUGAGUUGGUUCAUUUUUCUUAUCCAAAUAUUUUAAAAAACAUGUCUUCAAAGAAUUUUUUCAAAGCAAGGACUAUACUGGCUCCCACGCUGGACAUCAUUGAAGAGGUCAACAAUCAUCUGAUGGCUAUCAUUCCUGUUGGAGAAUUAUUGAAUAUCAUAAAUUGCUCUGAUUUGCCUCCACAUAAAUUAAUACUCAAGAUUGGUGUUCCAGUGAUGUUACUAAGGAAUAUUGACCAUUCUAGUGGUCUUUGUAAUGGUACAAGGCUACAAGUUAGGAAGCUUGAAAACCAUGUCAUAGAAUAUGAAAUUUUAACGGGUAACAACGUUGGUCAUAUUGCUUUGAUUCCAAGAAUGAAUAUGGUACCAACAAAUGAAACUGUCCCAGUUAGAUUUCAAUGAAAUAGUUUUCCAUAAUAAUAUCGUUUGCCAUAAUAAUUAAUAAGUCUUAGGGACAAAUUUUAUCUCAUGUUGGAUUGUACUUGUCCAAACCAGUUUUUACACAUGGCCAACUAUAUGUGGCACUUUCAAGAGUUAAGAGUAAGAGAAGUUUAAAAGUUUUACUUAUGAAUUACGUAGGAAUGUCUGCAAA